GUCAAAACACAACUUUCAUUCAUUAAGGCCUCAAAGCCUCAAGAGAGGAAAGUUGAUACAAGCUACGAUAAUACAACAGAAAGAAAGAUACAAGUUAAUCCCACCACUUUGUACUCGAAGUAACAUACUUUUUACAAUCACAUUUUUGAAGAACUUUCAUUCCAUAAAUCUACAGAUCUUUGUGUAUCAAGUAAAGAGAUGUCAGGAAGAGGAAAGGGAGGAAAAGGAUUGGGAAAGGGAGGAGCGAAGAGGCACAGGAAGGUUCUGAGGGAUAACAUUCAAGGAAUCACCAAGCCUGCUAUUCGUCGUCUUGCUCGUAGAGGUGGUGUCAAGCGUAUCAGUGGUCUCAUCUACGAAGAGACCAGAGGUGUCCUCAAGAUCUUCCUCGAGAAUGUUAUCCGUGACGCCGUUACCUACACUGAGCACGCCAGGAGGAAGACGGUGACCGCCAUGGAUGUUGUCUACGCUUUGAAGAGGCAAGGUCGUACUCUCUACGGUUUCGGAGGUUAAUCCGAUUUGGGGGAUUAGGGUUUAUGCAAGUUUGGGGAUUUCUUCUUGUUUCUGAGAUCCGUGUUAAAUGGUUUGAAUUAGUCAAAAGUAAAUUCAGGAGUUAGUUUUUGUUUCUCGUUUUUCGUUGUUAUUAGCCAAUGUGAUGUAGUAGUUAAUUAUCUUUUGCAAGCUUUGUGCUAAGAAAAUCUAAUGAGAAUUAUCCAUUUGCUUGA